GCUGCAGGCUCCUCCUGUUGGGAUCACAGGGUUCUGCUCCUUUGGGAAGCAGUGUCUGAUCUGCACAGCUUCGGCCAGGGGGUCUCACUCCUCCCCCAGGGAGUUCCCACACUGCAGGCGGAAGCAGAGGAAUCCUCUCUCCAGCAAGGAGAAUUCAAAGAUGUCAAGAGAUGCUAAAUGUAACAGUUCAGAGCAAGUUCCAUUUAUGGAAGAAUGGAAGGCAAGAAGAGAGAGAAUAAGGUUACGCUCCUCAUCCUCCAGUCUUGGGAGCAAGUCCAUAGACAUCCAGGUCCAGCAAGAAGUGGAUCUGCAAUCCAAGUCCUGGUCUUUACACUCUGCUCAAGAUCAUGAGAAAGAUAUGGGAGGAAUAAAAGCGACGACAUCGUCUUUCAAAAUCCAGUCUUUAGUGACCGCAGAAGUUGAAUUUCAUGAGCCAGUCACUUCAAAAACCAAGGAGAAGAAAGGGAGUUCUCAGAAGAAACAUCGGACUCAGAUAGAGAAAAGGAAGCUACGGGAGAAGAGGAGACCUACUGGAGUAGUAAAUAUGUUUCCAUCUGAGGAUCCUGAUGAGAAUGAAGAUGUUAAAGAGAAUGAGGAACAUAAAGAGCAAGAUGUGGUCAUCCAGAGUCAGGAUUUGAGACUAUCUGAAGGAACUUGUGCAGAAAGGACAGAUGUUCAUGCACUUGGUUCUGCUCCAGACAGUAGGGAUAACAACCUGAAAGAAAGGCAGUCAUGGAUGGAGGAACUGCAGAAGGCAGUUAGAGGACAGAGACAAGAUAAUCUAAUAUUGACCUCCCAGCUGAAUGACAAGGAGGGAUCGCUGCUCCAGCUGCAAAUAGAACUGAAGACCUUGACUCAGAAAAUGAAGAAUGCCGGGGAUGAUAACGUGAAACUGAAAGAAGAAAACCAAAUGCUUCUUAAGAUGAUGGGCCAACUGAGCAGCUAAGACCAUGAGACCUCUCUCCAAAUGGUGAUAGAAAAGCUGUUCCUUCACCAGGUCCAAUAAUUCAGUUGGCAAUCUGGACAGGACUCUAAUGAAUUGAUGACUCUGAAGGGAAGACACACAGGCUGUAUGGUGAAUGAGCUGACCUGAGGAGAACCCGGGAGACUCUUGGAUAAAUGGGUUCAAUGAUGAUGUAGAAGAAAAUCAAAGUUGCUGCAAUUUCCAAAGUGCUGCUUUGUUUACACAUUUGCUAUUGAGGUUUAUUUAUUUUCACAGGGCUGUUGGUUUGUUCUUCUAAUUAUGAAGCAGUGCAUUGCAUAACAGUAUAGCGAGAACCUUUGCAUAAGCGUCAGCACAGACAGACUGUCCCUAAUGAUGGGGGUAACUGUACAAUCAUACUUUGUUGCUUUAGCAGUUAGGAUAUAGGCAGCAUGAGGUUUGCCUAAAUGCACCGAUUCGUAUGCCAUGUUUGUAUCUUCACAUUAACCGCUUAAAGGGGAGUUCCACCCACAAUUUCACUUUUUAAAUAUAAAUACCCCUGUAAUACACAAGCUUAAUGUAUUCUA